AUGGCUUCCUCGAGCUUCACCUCGAACGCCCCCAACCUCCAGAAGUACCUGGACCUCGACCAGAACGGCAAGAUUAUCGCCGAGUACAUCUGGAUCGACUCUGAGGGCCAGACCCGCUCCAAGGCGAGGACCCUACCUGAGAAGGAGGGCGGUUACAAGCCUGAGGACCUCCCUACCUGGAACUUCGACGGCUCGUCGACUGGGCAGGCUCCUGGUGACAACUCUGAUGUCUACCUGAAGCCCGUCGCCGUCUUUCCGGACCCGUUCCGUCGGGGCAAGAAUAUCCUUGUCCUCGCUGAAUGCUGGGAUGCUGAUGGCACUCCCAACAAGUAUAACCACCGCCACGAGACCGUCAAGCUCAUGGAGGCUCAUGCCGAGCAUGAGCCGUGGUUCGGUCUGGAGCAGGAGUACACUAUGCUCGACCUGAACGAUCGUCCAUAUGGCUGGCCGCCGAAUGGCUACCCCGCUCCUCAGGGCCCCUACUACUGCGGUGUCGGUGCCGGCAAGGUUGUGCAGCGCGAUAUUGUUGAGGCUCACUACCGUGCUUGCCUGUAUGCCGGCAUCAAGAUCUCCGGUAUUAACGCUGAGGUCAUGCCCGCCCAGUGGGAGUUCCAGGUCGGCCCUUGCGUGGGCAUUGAGAUGGGCGAUCAACUCUGGGUUGCUCGUUACCUGCUGCACCGCAUUGCUGAGGAGUUCGGCGUCAAGAUCUCUGUUCACCCUAAGCCAAUCCCUGGCGACUGGAAUGGCGCUGGUCUCCACACCAACUUCUCAACCAAGGAGAUGCGUGACCCCGAGAAUGGCAUGAAGGCCAUUGAGGCUGCCAUUCAGAAGCUUGGCACUCGCCACGCCGAGCACAUUGCUGUCUACGGCGAGGAGAACGAGAAGCGCCUCACCGGCAAGCACGAGACUGGCCGCAUCGACCAAUUCACCUACGGCGUUGCCAACCGUGGCUCUUCGAUCCGUAUCCCGCGUGAGGUCGCUGCCAAGGGCUACGGCUACUUCGAGGACCGCCGGCCGGCGUCCAACGCCGACCCCUACCAAAUCACUGGUAUCAUCAUGGAGACUAUCUUCGGCGCUGUUUAA